AAAGGAGGAAGGGAUGGGGGCGAGGGGCUGAGAGGGCGCACGCCUUGCUCAUGGCGGGUGCGGAGGGAGCGGCGGGAGGAGCGCGGCAGGUCAAAAAGACUAUCAAUAACAUGGAACAGUGCUUGGAAGUGUUUCAGGAACAAGCUCUCGCUGAAGCCUCUCCGUGUGACACUCAACUUCAGGAGUUACUGCAUCAAAUUGACAUCACAGUAAACAGCAAAAAAGUGGAAUGGGAAAGGAAGAUGAAAGCUUUGGAAGCAAAGAUGGAUAUCCAGGAUCAAGAACUAGCAAGAGCCCAAAGCAAACUGGAUCAAAAAGGUCAAGAGGUGGGACUACUUCAGCAGAAACUGGAAAACUUACAGAAAAAUAAGUAUGAAAUGGCUCAGAGUUAUGAAACGCAGCUUCAAGCACUGAAAUCUCAAUUUUCAAAGCUGACACAUAGUUAUGAAAAGCUACGGUUACACCAGUUAAAACAAAAAGAUCUUCAAAGUAGAGGAAAAUGUGAGGAAAGCCUAGAGACACCAAUUGAAUUGAGUAACUUAAGCAAGAAAUUGGAGAAGCAGACCAAGAGUUAUCAAUUCCAGAUAAGCAAUAAGAAACAGAAUCAAGAAGAGGUAAUUACAUAUGGCCAUCCUGCAAGUGAAAAGGAUGAGUUAAUUACUGAAAAGCUAAAGGCAGCUGUGAAUGAAAUAGCAAUACACAGGAACAGACUACAAGAGGAAAAUCUGAAACUCCAGGAGGAUCUAAAAAUGUUCCAAAAACAGUGCCAGAACAUGGAGGCCAGCUUUUCAGAAAUGAAAAAAGAGCUGCAGUCACGUGAUGCUCUCUGGAGAAGGAUACAUCUGGAAUGCCAACAAUUGCAUACAGAAUUAUUGAAAAUCAGAGAAAUGCAGGAAAUUCAAAUAAAACAUCAGUCAUCUUCUGUACAACUUACUGAGCAACCAGAAAAUAAAAAUUCAGACUUAUUACUACUGGCACAAAGUCAAGAAAGCCAACAAGAAGUGCUAAGCAAGAUAAGAAACCAUCUUUAUCGAGAGGAGCAGUCCCAUUGCUCUGAGCAGGAAAGAACAAGGACAGAAAUCUCUGACCUGACAGAAGAGCUUCAUCAGAAGGAGAUCACUAUAGCAACUAUCAUGGAGAAAGCUAGUCUUCUGGAAAGACAGUUAAAAAUGGAGUUACAGAUAAAAGACAAAUUGUUAGCAAAACAACAGGUGUUGGAUUUCAACUACAAAGUUGUCAAAUCUGAAAACACGCAUCUAAAAGAGCUGAUAGAAAAUCAGGAGUGCAAAAGUUGCAUGAGUAUAGAUUUAUCUAACAAAGAACAUGGAAAUUUCACAGCUUCCAUUCACAAACUGGAACAUGAGAAUGUAAGAUUACAGAAUAGUCUUGUUAAACUACAAAAUGACACAGAAACAUCAAUACUGGGUGGCAUGGAUAUAUAUGGAGAAACAGAGCACAGUUACCAAGCCAGUUCAAAGAUGCAGGAAAAGGAAGAGAGAACUUCCCAAAAUGAAGAUGGAUGGCACAUGAAAGCUCAACAGACUGCUCUGCUCACAGCCAGUGGAUGCCACAGAAACCGUAGCCCAACUUCAUAUGGCCAAGGCAAUAUCACUGGCUCAAAAAGUGAUAUCACUUUAUCUUAUAAACUUGACAGAGGUCAUGAAAAGGAACUGGAUGAUAAAUCUCCAUCAUCACCAGUGGGGUAUCCUUUGUGCUUUGGCGGGCUGUUUUCUGAAAAAGGCACAACAGGCGGUUUACUAAGCCAUGCUUACGAUGCAGAAGAAAUCAAAUUAUCAUCUUCUCCUGAGAUGUCCAUCCUCACAAAAACAGAAAAGUUCCUUCAAGAGGAAGAGAAACAUACAAAAGAGUUUGAAGAACGUUUAAAUUCACACCUUGAAGAACUGCAGAGACAUUCUGAAAGCACUCUAAAGAAAUAUGCCAUGCUACAGGAAAGCAGGCAUACUUAAGCCAGGCACGCAAUCAACAAAAUAAAGCCACGCGUAAUCACUCCAGAUUUUCUUAGAA